AUGGAGCAUGGUGGUGAAGAUGAUGGGCUCAGAGAAAACCACUCUUCGUCGGCCCACCAGUUGUUGCCCCGCGGGCCACGGCCAGCAAACCGGAAGCGAAAAUUCUCCUCAGUUGCUAAAAAUAAGCAAUGGAGUUCUGGUUGGGGCACAAAGAGCAAUUUGCGGUCGAGCUUCGAGUCGAUUGGAGUUGUCGAUGGAUACUAUCUCCGGCAUGCAAACUUGACGACGAAACAUAAGAAAAGCUGCACCAUGACAGACGUUUCUAUCUCCCUCCCGGCUAAGCGCAGGAGGGGCCGCCCGCGCAAGGACUCAAACCUCCCCCGAGACGGCAGCUUACAUCAUUACUCCCCCGGAAAGGCAUCUACAGCCCACCCGACCCCUAAUUCUAGCCUCUGUUACAACACCCAAGAAGCCAUCCCAAACCCUAUGAUCGGGAGCUUGAUUUACGGCGUGAUCGAGGGCUCGUUCGAUGCUGGUUACCUCAUAUCCGUCAAAAUCGGUAAUGGUGGGGCCCCUUUCCGCGGGGUAGUCUUCCAGCCCAGGAAGUUUGUGCCCAUAACGCCCCUGAACGAUGUGGCCCCACAUGCUCAGAUGUACCAGAGACAAAAGAUUUCGGCGGGCCCACUUCCCGAUGGCCCUGGGUUCAGUCCCCAGCCUUAUAAUAAUCCUUGCUUCCCUCCUUCAAAACAGAUGGUUUUUCGGCCGAAUUUACAGUCUUUUGGGAACCAAACGGCUUUCAUGUCAUCCAACACCAUGAUGUCUCGGGCCAGCUCGUUCUCCCAAUUAGGAGGCCAAGCUACGGCACCGGGAACUCCAAGGGGUGGGACCAAUCAGCAGCCGCCACCUGUCAGUUUCACAAACUGUAUGCAGGGACCCAUGUUCGAUUUUCGUCCUACAAGACAGUUGGUUGAAACUCAGCCUCGGGAAGUGAAAGCUGAUCUGCAGCCAGACAAUAUGUAUUACGAUGGCUCGAGUGGCCCGAACGUUACUUUUCAUCACAAUCUUUUUGCUGAUCAGUCUCGGCCCGAUUCCAGGGAGCCUGUGCGUUUAGGGCCCGAACAUCAUAGUACUGAUUUUUCUGAACACGUCCCGAAUAGCCCAAAUCUGAAGUUGGACCUUUCGUCCUCCCCAGUUCACGAAAAGAAUGUAGAAGCCCGUCUGCAAACGAAUUAUUUGAUGAAAAGCCCCAAUCUUGGCUACCACCAUGCGCUUGUGUCUGGGAAUCCGCUCUUUCUGCCUCCAGAGUUUAAUGGCGAGCCUUUGGAUUUUAUGGUCGGUAAGAACCUAACCCAAAUGAACACUGGGGCCAGACAGGAGACGAGCAAUGAGGCUGCAAGUUCGCAUUCUGGGCCUUACAUGCUGGAGCUUGCUACUCCACAGUCCACAAUCAACAUGCGGCCAAACUCGUCUGUUGGCUGCAUUACUGAUAUGGAUUUUGUUCUAAGUGACACGGAACAUCAUCGUCAACAUCAUGGGGAGUUUUCUGAAAAUAAGCAAUGA